AUGUGGACUAUUUACUAAAUUAAUAGUGAAGGGACAUUGUGCCCUUUUUUAUAGUGAGCGCACAAGAUUGAAGCCGUGCUUUUAGUUUGCGUGAUCAACGCAAGCUACACAGAGCUCUGCCCUAGUGUGAACAAGGAGUUGGCAUUGAGGCUGGCAGCCAUUGGCGUGCUCUGACAAGAAAGAAGAACUUCAACCGAGACAGAAAGGUUUUUUAGCAGAACAUAGAAGGGGAAGCCAGUCAAAAUGUUGCAGGACAUAGGUUCUCAAAUCAUGGAGGUAUAUGACUAUGUCAUGGCAGGAACUGACCCACGAUUGAAGGUUUAUCCAAUGAUGCAGAAUCCAUUGUACAUGUCUGCCACAUUGCUGAGCUACCUGUUCUUUGUGCUGUUUGCUGGGCCGCGCUUCAUGGCCAAUCGCAAGCCGUUCCAACUCAAGGAGGCCAUGAUCAUCUACAACUUCUCCCUUGUGGCAUUGUCUGUCUUUAUUGUUUAUGAGUUUCUGAUGUCUGGCUGGGCCACCACAUACACUUGGAGAUGUGACCCAUGCGAUUAUUCUGACAGCCCUCAAGGACUAAGAAUGGUCCGAGUGGCUUGGCUGUUCUUUUUCUCCAAACUCAUUGAACUCAUGGACACAGUCUUCUUUGUGCUGAGGAAGAAGCAUGGCCAGAUCACCUUCCUGCACAUCUUCCACCAUUCCUUCAUGCCUUGGACCUGGUGGUGGGGUGUCAGCUAUGCUCCUGGGGGAAUGGGCUCCUUCCAUGCCAUGGUCAAUUCUGUUGUCCACGUCAUCAUGUACUUCUACUAUGGUCUGUCAGCUGCUGGACCACGCUUCCAGAAGUUCCUCUGGUGGAAAAAGUACAUGACUGCCAUCCAGCUGGUUCAGUUUAUCCUAGUUUCCCUCCAUGUCACGCAGUAUUACUUUAUGGAGAGCUGUGACUAUCAGGUCCCUUUGUUCAUCCACCUCAUUUGGGUGUACGGCACCUUCUUCUUUGUUCUGUUCUCCAACUUCUGGUACCAGGCCUACAUUAAAGGCAAACGGCUGCCAAAGCUGGACAGCAAACAAAGUCACAAUGGCAAGACCAAUGGAUCUACUGUGGCCAGCAAUGGCAAGCACGCAGAGAAUGUUACCAGCAAUGGUAUCUCCCACGGCACAAGCAAUGGAGUCACUCACCAAGAGAAUGGUAGUGCUACGAUAGGUAAAAUGAAAAAGGCGUAGGAUUUCUGGAAAAUAACAAACAUGAUGUAGGAAUAUCAGAAACCUGCACUAAGCUUCCAAGGAUUCCAAAGAAAGUUUUUUUUAUUUUCUUCUUCUAUUGUUUUUCGAUGUAUGAUGCAUAAAAAACAUGGGGAAAUGACAUGGUUAAAUGAUUUCCACAGUUGGGGGGCCCAUAUUUAGUUUUGUUCAGUUUCCUGUUUCAUUUCAAUCUCAGACAACUAAUUAUGGAACAUGUUUAAUGAAUAAAAAAAACAUGUAAUGACCUAAUGUAACAUCACAAAUAUUGCCCAGGACCGCAUGGUUUAAAGCACCUCAGUGAUACACACAUACAAACACACACACAGUUUUGGCACUUGCAUUCCUCCUGAACCCCCUGUGGAUAGAUGACACUGUACAGUUUCUAUCACCAAACUUGAAUAUUCCUUUGUAAAUAGUUUAUCAUGAGAAAAAAAAAAACUAAUGGAAAGCUUUAUGGGUUUCAAAUUUUUUGUUACUUUAUCUUUGUUAAAUUAAAUGCAAUAAAUUAAAUUUAAAGUA